CAACGACAAUGCGACAAUUUAGCAAUAUCAGAUCCAGGAGUAGACGUUACAAAAUGCAUUAGAAAUACAGGAAUAAAGGAAGAAUACUAUGGAUCUUACAUUUAUAUAUGUCCAGAUUUUACUUUGGAACAUAAUAACUGUUACUAUGACUGAAAAUCCAUGUGCUGUGUAUGGCUGUCAAUAUGGUGCAAGCUGUAAUGCUGACGACGAUUGCAUCUGUCUAGCUGGAUUUACUAGUGAUACGUGUACUGAAAGUAGCUUAGAAGAUUUGAAAAGCACAAUUUCCCAAAGUUCUUUAACUAAUAUAAGUGAUGCUGAAGCUUACGCUAAACAAACACAUCAAUAUAUGGACAGCCACAUUACUCAAAAUUAUAUAGACUUGAUAACAUCUGUCCAAACCACAAACGAUAUUUUCUCGUUAUUAUUGUCCAAGUUAACCAAUAGUCUGGAAUUUUCAGACGAAGAAACAGUUGAUUUGUCAGACUUUUCUCAAGAUAUGACUGAAUUGUAUUCUGAUGUUUUAAAAAGCACACGACUGACACAAGACACACUAGCAGCUGGAGAUAAGUUGAAGUCAACAAUCGAUACAGCUGAGGACAACAUGAUUCAAAUGGUCAAUAUGGUUUUAGAUAAACGACUUAUUGACGAGCACUCUAAACCAGUUGAUAUAACAACGACUGAAGUUUCUGUGUUAGCUAUAAAAGCUAAAGGCGGAAAGUUACCGGAACACUUUUUAACUGCAAUUGGCGGACUAUCUCUACCAUACUUUGAAACAUUCCAAGACAGAUCUCGGAAGAAAGAAAUAGUUAUAAUUGUAUUUGCGUAUAAGAUAAGUCCAUAUCUAUACGUGGAAAAUCCAGAAUCUGUAGGAAAAGGUUCAUCAGUUGUUAAAGUCGCAAUAUUGGAAAAAGGAAAGAAAAAGGAAAAGGAUAUACUCAAAAUUGAAGACACGGAUGAUCCCUUAGAAGUUACACUUAAUAAUGAAAAACUAGAAACAACAAACCAAAUGUUGUCAAUGACAGAAUCAUCCACAGACUCUGGCAUCUUUAUGAGCUAUGUGGACACAAAUCUCACAGCAAACGAAUUUAUCAUUGAAAUUAAGUUAAAAUCAUUAAAAAUUUGUGAUAUUUUUGGCAAGUAUGAUACUUUUCCAGAUCAGAGCGAUUAUGAUUUAUAUGUAAAAACAAAAGGACGAAGUAGCAUUAUCUACCGUAAUCCAUUAAAACUUAAAGCAAGCUAUUAUCAACAGUCGUUGAAAAUAACCUUAUUGUCUAACCCAACAAACAGGUAUCUGAAACCAUUAGUUGUAACUGCAAGUUGCGAAGAUGACCGACAUGAUAGCGACACACGGGAGAAGAGAUCAAUUUCGCUAGUGACACACAAAUUCCGAACAAGCUAUAUAAUCUCCUCCACUUUGCUCAAAACCUCCGAAAACUGGACAGCAAAAGAACGCAAAGAGGACUUGAGAACUUCAGACAACAAAAUAAAAUUUAAAAGUAACUUUCUUGGUGCGUUUUCUGCUGACGUAUUUUUCAUUCCUCCAAGUGAUAUAGAUUUUUCGAAGAUAUUUGCCACUUUUACAACAUCAUUGGCUGACAGCCCUUAUGCCCUGGCUGCAAUCAUUACCAUGUUAGUUAUCAAUAGUUUACUGACAAUAAAAUUACGACGGUUAGAUAAAAGUGAUAAUAUCAUGUGGGAAUUCCUUCCUUUGAAAGACAAUCCUGAUGAUUUUUCCGUGGUAUAUUUUGUUACCAUUGAAACGUCAGUAAACUCAAGCAGAGAAAUGAACUCCUCUGUUUAUCUUAAUAUAAUUGGACAAAAAGGCUUUUCAGGGACACGCAAAAUGGAUGACGGGAUCCGCAAGAAUUUCAAAACCGGAACAACAUCCCACUUUGCAAUGAAACUAGAAGAAGACAUUGGAAACAUAAAGAAAAUACAGAUUUGGCAUGACAACGCUGAUGGUCAUACGGAGUGGCAUCUCCUUAAAGUAUCUAUUAUCAAGGCAAAUACUCUACAACGGUAUACAUUUCUGUGUGGACGACUUUUAUCACUGAAAAGUGAUAAGGGACGGCUAUGGUGCAGCUUAAAUGUGUUUAAUGAAGAUGUGGUUGAAACAGAUACAUUGUUUUAUAACAUAAGUCGACGAAAGUUAUUUGAUGAUUAUCUGUGGGUUUCCCUUAUCAAAAGACCACAGUUCAGCCGAUUUACAAGGGUUCAACGACUAUGGUGCUUGACAACAAUUCUUUUUCUUUCAAUGGUGUCAUCAGCUAUGUGGUAUGACAUGCCAGAUGUUGAAAAGAAACAGAGUAUAAUUUUAGGACCGCUCAAGUUGAAUUUUAAACAGUUUUAUGUGGGACUUAUGUCUGGAAUAAUAGCUUUAUUGCCAAGUAUAAUUUUGGUUCUAAUUUUUCGAAAAAGGAAAUUUAGAGGUGAAGUAUGUUAUGGAUGUUAUUUACCAUGGUGGUUUAUCUUCAUCGCUUAUGUAUUAAUCGUAGUAUGUGUCGUGAUAAGCGGUACAUUUGUGUUCCUGUAUUCACUUCAAUGGGGAGGAGAUAAAACCUUGGAAUGGAUGAUAUCGUUCCUUCUCUCUGUGUGUCAAAGUGUUCUGAUACUGGAGCCAUUAAAGGCAAUAGUAAUAGCUGCAGUGAUAGCUUGUAUAUUUAAAAGUGUUGGAAGCAAGGAAUUAUCUGAUUCUUCAACACCAAUACCAAAUGGAGACAAUUAUUGCAAUGCCAAUCCAGCAGAGGAUUUAUAUACGCAGUGCAGAACAGAUAAUGACCACACUAGAGCCAAAUAUCCCUUAUUUCCAGGCAAUGAACACGAGAGCAAAGAGCAAAUGCUUUACCGUAAAACUGUACAAUCAGACACAAGACUGUGGACCAAACUACGCACUUGGAUAGGAAUAUUUCUUUAUGUGAUACUCAUUGCAGCAAUCUGUUCACAUAAUGAGGUUUCCUCUGCAUAUAUGCAGAACCAACAUAUCUUAAACACCCUCUCCACAAUCAAUACACCAAAUUCGUCAAGAGAAAUUUCUGAUUACAUUAAGACCACAUUUUCUCGAGCUGUUUAUCCAAAGUGGUGGGAAACAGAAAACGAUGAAUUAUUGAGACCCGCAUAUAUUCAGAGAUUUCUUCUAAACGCAUAUAACUAUCGUUUGACAUUAACACGCUUGAGACAGUUAAGAGUAAAAGGUAAUUGUACUGGACCGGCCAUCACACAAGAUGCUAUUCAGAGAUGUGUGCCGUCAUAUUCUGAGGAAACUGAAGAGACUGCUAACUUUUGUCCAUUUUGGAGAGAUUUCAAUGAAUCAGAUUGCUUUGACGAAAAUGAAGAAUAUCAUUAUAGUUUCUUGAAUUCUCGAUUUGAUGCCCUUGAUCCAGCUGGAGAUUUGACAUACUUCGGAGAACAUGGAACAUAUGGACCUGGUGGUUAUUACGUAGACCUUGGUCCAAAGCAGAGUCUGGUAUCAAGAUACAUUGAUGAUCUUAUUGCACAUGAUUGGAUAGAUUACAGGACAAGAGUUUUAUUUUUAGAUUUAGUGACUUAUAACGCAAACUCAAGAUUAUUUAGUCAAAUUAAACUUGUCUUUGAAUUACCAACUACAGGGAGCAUUUCAUUAACCAAACAUGUUUGGUCUGCUAGCUUUUAUCCAUACCAAUCUUCUCUAGACUUUGUUAUAUUAGUGCUACAGAUAUUUUUUGUGCUAGUUUGGUGUGUUCGAUUUGUACUGUUUCUUGUAUUCUUAUUCAGCAGUCGGAUGAACGCAUUUUUACUUGUUCACACAUAUUCGAAAUUCUUUGAGUUAUCUUUUGGUGCAGUUGCUAUAAUAUGCUAUAUUUUAAGGAUUGAUGCUACGAUUUCUGUGAUCACAUCUCUAAGAGAAAGUGUUGGUCGUUACAUAUCAUUCGAAAAGGUCUACCAGUUUGAUGCUGCUUACCAAGGAUCAUUAGCAAUGUUAUUAUUUAUCAUUAUUUUGGAUCUUCUAUCACCCCUUGAGUUCAAUUACCAUUUCUUCAAGAUGAUUUCAUCAUUAAAAAUCGCUAGAGGAGCAAUUGUCGCCUUCAUGGUGAUAAUUGUUCUAGAACUUACUGCCUUUGCCGCGUUGAUAUGGCUCACCAUAGGGCGCAAGGACGAAAUGUUCAAAAAUAUGUUUGAAACCAUGAACACACUUUUAAUUGUAUUGUUAUCUAUGAAAAAGUAUAACACAGAAGCAUUCGACGACGUUUUAGUCAAAUUUUAUUUUGGACUCUAUACAUUUAGUUUGUCAAUAACCUUGGUCAACGUUUUUAUAUCACUGUUGACAUUCUCGUUUAACGACGUCAAGAGUGAUCUAAACAAAGGUGUUCUUCAAUUUGAUCAAGAUUUGAACAACCAUUUUUGGGCAAAAGUCGACAAGUUCAUACAGUGGAUAAAGAACAAGUUGUUGUUAGCAGAAAUGAGAGAAAAAGACGAUGGUAAACUUCAACAAUGUAUUGAGGAACUAUGCAGUGCAACCAGUCAAAUGGAAAAAAGCGAAGUGGAAAACAACAAAGUCUUAGUAAAACUGAUGAUCAAAUUGAUUCGUUGGAAAAAACUGAAUGUCCAGCUUGAUUGUUUGAAUGUCAAGCGCCAACAAUAUGCAACCAAAUACUUAUUUGGAUAUGAAAGGUCAGGUGAAACAUUGAUUAUCCUGACAGUACCAUUCCUGUCUUAUUCCUACAGUAUAGGCGUCAACUGUUUUAUAAUACCGUCUAGCAAACAAAAUAUUGGUUCGAAGAUAAAGGACAGAAAAGUUGGAAGUUCUUUUAUGUUUGUCUUACGCGAAAACAUCAAUAUACAGGGAUCUGUUUUAGUAGACAUUUUAGACUUGUCAGAAUUUUCAGCGACAGCGUUUAACGCAGUCAUGACAAAACAAGAUAUAGAAGAUUGGAAUAUAUAUCCAGCUUGUAAUGUUCAAGCAGGAAUUCGGGUGACACUAAGGAACAUUCCACACAUAUUUGCUGCGAUUCAAACUGGACAGACGUUCUCAAAUUCUGGUUGGGGGCCAUUUGAAACGUAUAUUACUUCAAGAAAUUGUGAAAGUAUAUACACAUCAUAUGACCUGGAGACAAAAAUUGUUUUUGAAAAAGGAUGUUUCCCGCAAUGUUCGUCUGUAUCUAUGCGGUCAAAACAGGGACCAUCAACACCAAUUUUAAAUGUAGAUACUGAUUCAGAAAUACAAACAAGAUCAGAGAUUUAUUUACCACUAUCAGAUGUCAGUGGAAUUAAUGGCAAACAUAGUCAUCUAGCCCAUUACAUAAUAAUAGGCAGAGAAAGUUCAGAUAAAGAAUGGGAGAAAAUAAACUCUACUCUAAAAACUACAGAGAACGGCUUUCGGUUUACAUUUAACAAACCAUGGUCAGUGUUUGAAGUUACUGUUAAAGAAUCAAAGAUUCAUUGGAUACAAGCGUAUAGAAAAGAUUCCUAUUUUGAUAUUCCCCUUGUAAAGGCCAUUGUAAUGAUAAGUCAAAUGAAAGAAGUGGCCAGUAAAUGGAAACAAAUAGUAAAUAUGGUAGGGAUGAUAGAUACAGACAUGUUUACGUCAGAAGAUGAAUUCCUAUGCCAGGAAGAAAAAUGUUUUAUGGUAUUACAGAAAUGGUUACAGCAAUCGUCAGUUACAUUGGCAAUGUUGAUAUCAUUAUUAUCAUCCUUGGAUUUGAAGGUUAUUGCAGAUCAGAUUGAACAAAAAUGGAGGACUGUUAUUAUUCUUGAGAAAAGUAAAUGCAAUGAUAAUGGUACCGUGUUGGCAAAUCUAGACAACGAUGUUACAGGCAAUCAAAGAAUCAAAGAAUUUAUAUAUAUGAAGCACUAAACUUUGUUUAACAGUCAACAUUUUGAUAUGGAACUUUUGUCAGAGCUGUAGUCUCAUUUUUUUUUAAAGUUCAACCUGAGAUUUAUUUUCAGGAUUGAAUGUUUCUUUUUGUAAAUUCGUUGGAGAAGCGCUUCAUUCUAAAAAUGCACGCACUUUAAACCUUUUUACAACACAAUGAAAUAACUAAAAGAAGCAUUCAGUGCUUUUAAUUACAUGGUGUCGCUAUGAUCACGAAAACACGAUUACAAUUAAAAAAAAAAUUCUUUUAUUUACCUGUGCACUUUAUUGUGGAAACGUAUGCCAUCAUGAAUAAUAUAAUUCAUUUCAAAAUGAAUGUUAAUUUCAGAAAGACUCAAGAUUGAUGCUAGCCAAAAAAUAACAUAUUAUAAUGAAACAUUCAUUUGAAAAUGUAAUAACUUAAUCAUAUUGCAGAAAACACAAGAAUUGAAAUACAAUAAAUUUAGUUUUACAUGC